AUGCUGUCUCCUGCCGGACCAGCAGUGCGUCUGACGCUGUCGCGAGCUCAGGCCCCCGGGCGAAGAGUUGCCCUCACUUCUUUUGUUUCCCGCCGGCCGAACGGAGCAGGAUAUAUCCACACUGGUGCUACCGCCCCCGGCCGCCGGAUGUCGACAGUAGUCGAGGAUCGCAUCAUCGAAAAUACACACGUGCCCCCACCUCCUCCCCGACCUCACAGCUCUACCACGGUCUCUGUCGAGGCAGAGCGCCCGACAAGCGACAUCCUCAAGCGUGCCGUGAAGGCCACCGGUGUUCGCAAUGACUGGACAAAGCAGGAGAUCGCAGCCAUCUACAACCACCCGCUGAUGGACCUGGCAUUCCAGGCUGGAACUGUUCAUCGCCGAUUUCACAACCCGGCUGAAGUGCAGCUAUGCACUCUGAUGAACAUUAAGACAGGCGGCUGCAGCGAAGACUGCAGCUACUGCGCCCAGUCCACCCGCUACCAGACGGGCGUCAAGGCUCAGCGCGUCGAGCCUGUCGAGGCGGUCCUCGAAGCUGCCCGCACCGCCAAGGCCAACGGCAGCACGCGCUUCUGCAUGGGCGCUGCGUGGCGGGACAUGCGGGGGCGCAAGAACUCGCUCAAGAACAUCAAGGCCAUGGUCGAGGGCGUGCGCGCCCUGGACAUGGAGGUGUGCGUGACGCUGGGCAUGAUCGACGACCAGCAGGCCAAGGAGCUCAAGGAGGCGGGCCUGACCGCCUACAACCACAACGUCGACACCAGCCGCGAGUUCUACCCCUCGGUCAUCACCACGCGGACCUACGACGAGCGGCUCAAGACGCUGGGGCACGUCCGUGACGCCGGCAUCAACGUGUGCUCGGGUGGCAUCCUGGGCCUGGGCGAGAAGGCCGAGGACCACAUCGGGCUGAUCCACACCGUGUCCACGCUGCCCUCACACCCCGAGAGCUUCCCCGUCAACGCCCUCGUGCCCAUCAAGGGGACGCCAUUGGGCGACAAGAUCCCCAUCGAGUUCACGGCUAUACUGCGCACCAUCGCGACGGCUCGCAUCGUGAUGCCGAGCACGAUCAUCCGCAUUGCCGCGGGCAGGAAGACGAUGAGCGAGGAGAAGCAGGCCCUGUGCUUCAUGGCUGGUGCUAAUGCCAUCUUCACGGGGGAGAAGAUGCUUACUACGGAAUGCAAUGGCUGGGAUGAAGAUGGAGAGAUGUUCAAGCGGUGGGGCCUUGUGCCUAUGAAGAGCUUUGAGAAGAGCCCGAAGCCCGAGCCGGAACUCCAGUAG